AGAGGAACCAGGGCAUUUUAACAGCAGCUGAAAAAGUGGGAUGGCAUAGGAUUAACUUGGACUGUCCUUGCAAAAUCAGGAGAGUUGGGGCAUAUGGAAGAAAUAAGCUAUUUGCAUUAGCAAGAACAUGCCUUGCCACUUCUGAAAAACGUAUAUCUAGGCAUUGGGCUUUCUCUGUCAGCCAAGCUUUGGGUUUGUUCAUAUUGGCUCACCAGCAGGACAAGGAUGAGUCCUCAGAGAGGAUGAUCCAGAGCUAGAGCUCUUGGUGAGAUGGCACCAGCGCAUAGAUCAAGAAGAGACGUCACGAUGCUCAUGGGGAAGCCUGACUCACAGUCCGUGGGUGGAGUGGCUGACACUCUUGAAUGAUGGCCCACAGGUCUCUCCGUGGCAUCUAUAAAAAGGGUCGCCUCCUCAUUGGAGAUGUUUAUUUGUGGGUGCCUCCAGCAAAGGUGCAUCAGAGAUGGCGAUAGAAUUUGAGACGUUUAAAAUGCCAUAUUACAGGGCUAUCCCACUGGGUUUGGACCCAGAGUCAUGGGUGAUGCUGGAAGGUUUCAUUCCACGGCAAAGCAAAGGGUUCUACGUGGACUUUGCUUAUGGACAGUUCCUUGGCGCCAGUAUCCCCCUGCGGUUCCAGCUCAGCUUUGAAGGGCUUCAUUCUUCCUCCACUGCCGUUAUAGCCCUCAACACUUUCACAGAGGGACAUUGGGGGAAACCGAACAGGGUAGCAGCCCAUCUCCGCCGAGGCCAAAGGUUCCAGGUGCAAUUCAUCGUCACCAGCAAAGGUUACAAGAUAAUAGAGAAUGACAUAUUUCUUUGCGAUUUUGACCACCAACUGUCUCCAAAGAGGAUCCGUUUUUUGGAAAUGGAUGGAGACAUCAUCCUUGAGAAUAUCACCUUCAGCUGGGAGAGCAGCACCAGAAGCAGGAGGCUUCUUUAACCAAUGUUUGCCACGUGCCGGCAAGAGCAUUAGGAAAAUCAAACUAGGAUAUGGGAAGCAAAAGCCCUCCCUAAAAGCCUUUCUGGGCUUCUAGGGAGUUUAGGCUUGAUUUGCAUGCAACUAUUCCUCAUUAAACAUAUCCUUCACCAUACUUCCUUUCCUUGCCUGAGAAAAGGCUCUGAAAAGA